UAGAUAUUAGGUUAGGUAGACAUUGUCAGUAUUUAGAUUUGUUUUGCUUUUUUUGCAUUGAUUGAUUGCCAUUGAUGCCUUUUGGGGUUCUCCUUUUCCUGUAGUGUGUUAGAUAGGUUUUUGUGCAUGUAAAUGGUCUUUUAAGGCAAAAAUAUCCAAGUUUCUCUCCCACACACCUCCGGAAAUGCCUCCAUUGGAUUCCUUUGUUACAUCCGUGAUUGAAUUAUGAAACACACACUCUUCUAUUGACUAGAGCUCCAACUUUACUUCACCGUUGCCUAAUCAUUUUCCCUUCGCCACCUUCCAGGGUCACGUGACCUCUCUGAGUCAGUUCAAACCACUGAAGCAGACACCAAGGGGGGUGGAUCUGUUGGGAUUAGCCUCCUUGGUCAACAAUACUGACCACACGCAAUACUCACCCUCACCGAUGGCCACAGUCUACAAACACCAGGGCACCACCAGUGAUCCGCCCACUAUGGCGUCCAUGGAGGAAGAGCUGACCUGCUCUGUGUGCCGAGACUGCUUCAGCAAAUCCCACCCUCUUCCCUGCGGUCACAGCUUCUGUCCCACCUGCAUCCGUGAGGCCUGGAGUGGGCAGGGCGAGGGCAAAGGUCGCUUUAACUGCCCCCAGUGUCAGGAGGAGCACGGCGAAGUGCUGUGUGACUGCUGUCCGACAGAGGAAGCGGAUGAAGGAAAGCCACAGUUGGCCGUCAAGACCUGCCUGAGGUGUGAGGUGUCACUGUGUGCUCAACACCUCCAACCCCAUCUGGAGAGACCGGCGUUUAGCACCCACCUGCUGGUGGACCCGCUGGGGGACCUCUCCCAGCGAAAGUGCCAGACACACGCAGAGAUACUGAGAUACUACUGCGCCGAUGACAGGGAGUACGUGUGUGGAGACUGUCUGCUGGACGGGAGCCAUGCUCAGCACAAAGUGAAGGCGCUGAGACAGGUGGAAGAGGAUCUGAAGGUUAUUCUCCAGACCCUGCUCAGCAAAGCAGAGGAGAAGAUGAAAGAUGGACAGCGAAUCCUCAAAGAGCAUGAGUGUAUUGAUUCAACCAUGGCUGACUCCCUGAUUGAGGACAUCUCCCAGGUGGAGCGGCUGGGCUCAGACCUUCAGAUCCAGGUGACCAAGCUGGUGGGCGCUCUGAGGGAGAUCACCAAGAGGGAGAGACAGCAGGUUAUAGAGCGAGUGCAUGAAGACUGCUCCAAAGUGAGAGACGACAUGAGCCAGGCGCUGAGCAUCCAGUACUACCUGGCCUCGCUGCUGUCAGAGACCGACCCUUUCCUGCUUAUCUGGGUUACUAGCAGACCUGGACAGCCCAGUUUAUGUCCCUGAGGCCGUCAGUCUGGACAGGAAACACAUCUUGGAGGACAUAGAGAGCAAGUACCGAGAUUUCAUCACCGGCACCCUCCGCUGCCUCAGUGAACUCAAAAGGGAGCUCUUAACCAGUCCGUUGUCUCUGGACACUAACACGGCCCAUCCCCUGUUAAGCAUCCCUGAUGACCUUCGAUCUGUGACGCGGGUUAGAAACCGCCAACCCCACCCUGCUCACCCUGAACGUUUCGACCACUGGCCGCAGGUCCUCACCGCCCAGACCAUUGCCUCUGGGACUCACUACUGGGAGCUGGAAGCUGAGGGAUUCUG